AUGCAUGACAAAACUGAUUUAUUAAUAGGUUGCUUUAUAUCACUGGUCUCAAGUGUGAUUGCAACGCUAGGAUAUGCAAUCCAAAAAAUGGGGCAUGUUAAAGCAAUAGGACAGAAAGAAAAUUAUCUGAAAGAACCAUUAUGGAUAGCAGGGUUUGGACUGAUUAUUCUAUCGACCCCCAUUUACUCAUUUUCUCUAGUAUUUGCAUCCCAAACUGCUAUGAGCAUGGUACCAACUUUCUCAAUUUUGUUUGUGAUGUUCUGGUCAUGGCUCCUUCUCAAUGAAAAAUUGACUAAGUAUGAAGUAUUAGCAAUCCUUUUUCUUGGACCUGGCACUUUUAUAAUCAUUUUAAGUUGUAAUGUUGAAGAACCAGAAAUAAAAUCUAAUGCUUUUCAAGAUUACAUAUUCUCGAACCAGUCUUUGCUCUUUCUUUCUAUUUUAGGAGCUCUUUUUAUUCUUGGGGGUGCUCUCUCAAUGCACAUUGUCAAAAGCCAUGCUAAGAUGGAUAAGGAGAUAGAACAAACCACUGCUGAAGAUAAAGAUGAUGAAAUUUGUAGUGUAGCAAGCUCAAAUAUUUCUCUCGAAGAAGUUCUAAAUUAUCGCUGGAAUCUGGUACCAAUGCUUUACUUCCCAUGGUUUGCAGGUUUGUUCUGAUGACUUGCAUCCACAAUGACAAAGUCCUGGUUCUUAUUUCUAGAAGAAAGGAUGCCUAUGCACUUAAAUAUUUUUGAUAAAUUUGGUGAUCCUCAAGGAAUGUUCUUACUUUUGAACAUAUGCUUCUUCACAUUCUUAAGUUUCUACUUACUAAACAAGGCAUUGUACUACUUUGAGCCCAUAUACGUGUUGCCAUUCGAGAAGGUAUCUCUACUCAUCAACAACUUGCUUUGAGGAGGGAUCAUCCUUGAUGAGUUCACAAAAAUUUCUUUGAACCAAGUAAUUGGCUUUAUAAUAGGAACUAUUCUGUGCAUAAUAGGUGUGCUCAUUUUCCUAAAGAAGAAGGACGAGUCCAUCCAGAUGAAAGACUUUAUCAAAGAAGAAAUUAAUGAGUACAGAAAGUGUAAGAUGAAAGAAGAGAUGGGUAAGGUUAUUAAGACAGUUAAGUAAUUCUAUUUUGG